GGUGUUUCCAGCCCUUGCUCUACGACUGAAAACCCUUCUAAACUCUUUAAUAUUUUACUCGGAAAAAUCCCUUCAAUUUCCCCCGCAACCAAACGUGGAAUCCGUAUAGAAAGGAAGGAAAGGGUAACAUAGAAAGAAGUAGAAAGUCUUUCUUUAUCUUUGUCUUUCCGUUUUAUCCGGACCUCAAUAGAAUCGCACAGAAUCAUCAUCGCAAAAUCUUGGAAACUCUCGAGUUAUAGCUGAUCCUGGGGGCGAAUUCAAGCCUUGAAGCAACGAAGAAGAAGAUCGUAGUAAAGGAAAAGAGGAGGAGAAGAGAAUGGAGAGCAGCGCUGCUGACAGAAGCCACCAUCGUGUGCCUCUAUCGGAGGUGGUCUCGGAUUGUGUGAAGCGAUGGUUCCAAGACACUCUCAGGGAGGCCAAAUCUGGGGAUGUCUCCAUGCAGGUCUUGGUGGGUCAGAUGUAUUAUAGCGGCUACGGCGUUCCCAGAGAUGCACAAAAGGGAAGAGUUUGGAUGACAAGGGCUUCAAGGACUCGGUCUUCUGUUUGGAAAGUGAGCGAUAAACACCCUGGUUAUAAUGCAAGUGACUCGGAUUCAGAUGAGUUGAAGGGUGAUUCAUAGUCAAACCUAUUAGGCCUUUGUUUCCUGAAAAACAUAGAAAGUGCUGCUUGGAGUCUGCCUGUUUGCCCACUACAGAUGUGCCUGUAACUGAACUCUAUACUUUCUAUCUUUAGUUUUCUCUGCUUUCCAUACUCCCCAUUGUUAAUUUUCUGAACAUUUAGAUAGGUCGGAUUUUCAUGGGCAUUAGUCCUUGUGGGUAUUGAUUGCUUAUACAGUGAGUGUACUUCUGUUGUCAAAAAAUAAAAAUAAAAAUUUGAGUAUUGGCUUU